AAAGCCACCGAUCCCGAACCAGCCGCCGUAGUCGGAGUGGCAACCGGGUGUGGAGCGGGCAAAAAGCCAUUGGGGGAGGCCAGUCCCGAUCAGUCCCGGCUGGCUCCAGCUCUAGAUCCUGUGCGGAGCAACAUCCGCGGUCACAGUCUCCGCCACCGCCUCCGCCUCCUUCGUCGUCUGGGGAGGGACCGGCCAGACCCCGGGGUCACUGCCGAGGAAUGAGGAGAGGCGGCCGGGCCCCGCGCUCCGCCCCGGCCUAGGGCCUUGCCCCAGGAGCCGCGAGGUGCACCAACCUGUGGGGAAGUCUCAAGACUAUGGCUGGAUUCUCCUCAAGAGCUUAUGGUAGGGGCCUAAAUUUUGAUCUGUGUCCUACCUGCAUCCAGCUGCCUGAAAGUACUUGAUGAUCACAUGACCCUGGACAUGGAUGCUGUCCUGUCGGAUUUUGUCCGUUCCACAGGAGCAGAGCCAGGGCUGGCUCGAGAUCUCUUGGAAGGAAAGAAUUGGGAUGUGAGUGCUGCUCUCAGUGAUUUUGAACAGCUACGUCAAGUCCAUGCUGGGAACCUACCACCAUCCUUUAGUGAAGGGAGUGGUGGCUCCAGGACCCCUGAGAAAGGGUUUUCUGAUAGAGAGUCAACUCGCCCUCCCCGACCCAUCCUACAGCGGCAGGAUGACAUCAUUCAAGAAAAACGCCUGUCUAGGGGCAUCUCCCACGCCAGCUCCAGCAUUGUUUCCCUGGCCCGGUCCCAUGUCUCCUCCAAUGGUGGGGGUGGGGGGAGCAGUGAGCACCCCCUGGAAAUGCCCAUCUGUGCCUUCCAGCUUCCAGAUCUCACUGUGUACAAUGAAGACUUCCGCAGCUUCAUAGAGAGAGACCUCAUUGAGCAGUCCAUGCUGGUUGCCUUGGAACAGGCAGGGCGUUUGAACUGGUGGGUGAGUGUUGACCCCACCUGUCAGAGGCUGCUUCCUUUGGCAACUACUGGAGAUGGGAACUGCCUCCUGCAUGCAGCCUCUCUUGGCAUGUGGGGGUUCCAUGAUCGGGACUUGAUGCUGCGGAAAGCUUUGUAUGCACUGAUGGAGAAGGGAGUCGAGAAGGAAGCACUGAAAAGGCGCUGGAGAUGGCAGCAAACACAGCAGAAUAAAGAGUCAGGGCUGGUAUACACAGAGGAAGAAUGGCAGAAAGAAUGGAAUGAACUGAUAAAGCUUGCCUCAAGUGAACCCCGAAUGCAUCUAGGUACCAAUGGAACCAACUGUGGUGGGGUGGAGAGUUCAGAGGAGCCUGUAUAUGAGAGCCUAGAAGAGUUCCACGUCUUUGUUCUUGCUCAUGUGCUUAGGAGGCCCAUAGUCGUUGUGGCAGACACCAUGCUGAGGGACUCUGGAGGGGAAGCAUUUGCCCCUAUUCCCUUUGGGGGAAUCUAUCUGCCUUUGGAGGUCCCAGCCAACCAGUGUCACCGCUCCCCUCUGGUGCUUGCCUAUGAUCAGGCCCACUUUUCUGCACUUGUGUCCAUGGAGCAGAAGGAGAAUGCCAAGGAACAAGCUGUGAUCCCACUUACAGAUUCAGAACAUAAGCUGCUGCCGUUGCACUUUGCUGUAGACCCUGGAAAAGGCUGGGAGUGGGGGAAAGAUGACAAUGACAAUGUCCGAUUGGCCAGUGUAAUUCUGUCCCUAGAGGUCAAAUUGCAUCUGCUGCAUAGCUACAUGAAUGUGAAGUGGAUCCCACUAUCCUCUGAUGCACAGGCUCCUCUGGCUCAGCCUGAGUCCCCCACAGCCUCAGCUGGUGAUGAGCCCCGGUCCACUCCUGAGUCUGGAGACUCAGACAAGGAGUCAGUUGGCAGCAGUUCUACCAGCAAUGAGGGCAGCAGGCGGAAAGAGAAGUCCAAGCGAGAUCGGGAGAAGGACAAAAAGAGAGCAGAUUCUGUGGCUAACAAACUGGGCAGCUUUGGCAAAACCUUGGGCAGCAAGCUCAAGAAAAACAUGGGAGGCCUGAUGCACAGCAAGGGUUCUAAGCCUGGAGGGGUGGGAACAGGGUCAGGGGUAAGCAGUGGCACUGAAACACUGGAGAAGAAGAAGAAAAACUCACUGAAGAGCUGGAAGGGUGGCAAGGAGGAGGCAGCUGGGGAUGGGCCAGUAUCUGAGAAGCCCACAUCUGAGUCUGUUGGUAAUGGAGGGAGCAAGUAUAGCCAGGAGGUGAUGCAAAGCUUGAGCAUUAUGAGGAUUGCAAUGCAAGGGGAGGGGAAGUUUAUUUUUGUUGGAACCCUGAAGAUGGGUCACCGUCACCAAUAUCAGGAGGAGAUGAUCCAGCGCUACCUUUCUGAUGCUGAGGAGAGAUUCCUGGCAGAACAGAAGCAGAAGGAGGCAGAGAGGAAGAUCGUGAAUGGAGGGGUAGGGAGUGGGCCUCCUCCAGCCAAAAAGCCAGAGCCAGAUGGCGGGGAGGAGCAGCUGACUGCCCCCCCAGCAGAGUCCAAGGCAAUGGCAUUCUCUACUGGCUAUCCUGGGGGCUUUACUAUCCCUCGACCUUCUGGGGGUGGAGUCCACUGCCAGGAACCCCGGAGGCAGUUGGCAGGGGGUCCGUGUGUGGGGGGCCUACCACCAUAUGCCACCUUCCCCAGACAGUGCCCUCCUGGGCGACCCUACCCCCACCAGGACAGCAUCUCUUCUCUGGAGCCAGGCAGUCACUCCAAAGAUGGAGUUCACAGGGGUGCAUUGUUACCAUCCCCCUUCCGCGUGGCUGAUUCCUAUAGCAACGGCUACAGAGAGCCCCCUGAGCCAGAUGGAUGGGCUGGAGGUCCCCAGGGGCUUCCCCCAACCCAGACCAAAUGCAAACAACCGAACUGCAGCUUCUAUGGACACCCUGAGACAAACAACUUCUGCUCCUGCUGUUAUAGGGAAGAACUGAGGAGGAGGGAACGUGAACCUGGUGGGGAGCUACUGGUGCACAGGUUCUGAAUGGGUGGAACCUUGGAGGGCAAGGUGGCUAAACAAAGAAGGUUAAGCUCAACUAAUUGGCUCAUCAAGACCCAGCCCCCACGUUGACGGGACAAAUGCAGUAAUAUUUGUGGGAGCCUGGCUGGAAACAUUUAAGUGUGUGUGUGCUGGAGUGCUGCCAGGCUGGCAAGAGGAAGUCAGGGCUGAACGGUGCCUCAAGGGCUGUACUAUUCCUUUGCAGAGCUUGACUUGAUGGGACUAAGGAGGUACAAGGGGAAAGGUGGUGAUUCUGUCUUAUAACCCCUUGGGUCGCAUCCCAGGACCUAAGGAAAAGUAAUAGGGGAAGGAUUGGGGUGUGUGUCUGGGAGGUAGGCAGAAGUCGGGAGGAGGAACAGGCAAGCAGGUUCUCAGUAAAAAAAAGAAAAAAAUAGACCAAAGUUCUUUAGGUUGGAAAAAAGCACAUGGUGGUACAAUUGGGAGUGUGGAGGGAAAUUUGGAAAUUGGACACGUUUGCUAUUGAUUUGAAUUAAGGUAGAAAUUAGGGUUGUAUAAAUUCUUCCUCCUGGGAUCUGGAAAGACAAGGCAGUGUGCUUAUCGGUGUUUGUUAGGAGGGAGGGGGUAGUUUAAAUCACAGUUUAUUGAGAUGGGAAAGGGAGGAACUUAAAAGGGGAAUUGUUUUCCUCUUGAGUUUUAUUUCCUUCUAAACAGUCAUCUGUCAUCAGUUCUAGUUUGAGAGGAGAUUGCCCCCUACCUUUUCCUCAUCCUUUCUGAGGGCUGAGCUCAGCUAAGUUAAGAAGGGUUGUGAUUUUUUUUUUUAAAAAAAGACUUUUAUUUAAAAAAAAAAUGUUCCCUCUGGGAAGGGGAAGAGAGUGAUGAGAAGAGCAGCUGCGUGUGUUGACUUUUCUCCAGGUGAAUUGGUGCAGAGGUGAUCUGUUUUUAACUACUUAGCAAUAACCAUACAUUGGAGUUUGAGUGCAACUUGGGGAGGGAUGGGGGAAUGACAGACAUUUAGCCAGACUGUUUCAAACAAAACCAAAAACCUAAAUAGAGCACUACCAUCCUCUGUGGUAACUGGCUGCUGCGUUUCUGUAGAAAGCAACUUAUUUUAUUGACUAAUUCUUUUUAAGGAAAAGAAACAAAAAGACCCCAACAAGCAAAAACAUUUUAAAAAGUGAUUUUUUUUCCUACUUAAGUGAUUCUUUCUCCUUUCUCUCUACUUUUGGAGAAUGAACUUAACAUCCUGGCUUCUUUUGUUAAGCCAUAGCUGACCUUAAUCUGUGGUUAGUUUAUUAAAAUAAUAAAAAAAUACUUUGUAAGAAGAGAUAUUUUUGAUAAUAGGACUGAUGUUGAAACAUGGGAUGUGGGUUGGGGCAAUUUAUAAAAAGGUAGUUAGAGAAGUAUAUUUUAGUGAACUAUAACCACAGGUCACAGAUUACUCCCAAUGAGCUGAUCUGUCUUUGGAUUUCUCCCUUUCCCUGGCCCAACCCUGUUCUCUAGGGGGUGGGAGCGGGGAUGUGGACACAGUAGGGGGAGCUCCUUUGCAUUUUGCACAAAGCACAAGUCUGGACAGCUUAUGCUCUGGCCAGAGCCAUUUCUAAGAGCUUUAAACUGGAAGACCUAUCCUGGGCCAAUUUUCCUUUUUCUUUAUAUUUUUUCUGGGAAAAUAAAUCAGCUAUGCAAUUGUAUACACUCCUGGGUGCAUAUGAAGAAGGGGAAUAAGUGUACUUAAGUGUCCAGAGUAUUACUGGGGCUAUUUUUCUGUAUUUAGAUUUCUCUUUUGAGUUAUGUGCUCAUAAUCCAUCCCAUGGAAUGUAAUCCCACAUUUGAUCUAAGGCACACAUGGGCUGGGGGUAUGUGUGCGUGUGUUGGGGGGGACUCAAUUGCAAAUGUUCCUUCUACCCAGUCUGGAAAGUGUUCAUCCCAUUCUUCCUCAGGAACAAAGCCAGCCAAGAGUGGCCUCCUCGCUGGAACUGCUCACAGUUUAGAAAGCUUCCUUCCUCCUCAGCAAACUCAAAGUUACUUAUUUUUAAUCAUUUCCUAUGGCUAUUAAUUCUUAGGCUUUUAUUUGAAAAUAGAUUGCUUUUAAAGACACAGUGAUGUUCCAAAGGAGGGGAAGUCUAUGGGCAGGUCUGGAACCUAAUAUGAGAUGAGCACUCCCCUCAGGUGCAGAAUUUAAGGGGUACCAAAAAACUGAGUAAUCAAGAUACUUUUUUAAAACUGCAGUAUUUUAAAAAAAUAAUGUGAAAAAUUCAUGUUGAACAAAAUAGCAGAAUCUUAAAGACAAGACCUUGAUUAGAGUGAGAGAAGUGAGGCUAAAUUGAGCAAGUAUGGGAUGAAUCCUGUCUUUAUUUAAAUUUUUGAUACAUUGUCCAUCAUGGAUUUUUUUUACAUUAUUUUUGAUUUUUUAAAAAAUGUUGCAUUAAAAUAGUAUUUAUCUUGGUUACUGGGUUUUUUGGCACACCUUAAAUUUUGUGGCCAAGGUGAGUGCCCUGCUCACCCCACCCUAGUCCCUGUUUCUGGUGUCUGAAAACUGAUGAGACCACUACUGUGUGACACCUCCAUCCCCCAUCACACACCAAACAAGUGGCUCAAACACCCUGAAUUUGCAUGGCUCACCUAGCUUACCCUAAGGCUUAUCAUAGGAUGAUAGGCCUGAACCAAUAGGAAUGGAAACAGACCAGGGGUUUUUCCAGAGAAUAAAACCAGAAAAGUUUGAUUCUCCACUGGACUGCCGUGUUUGCAUUUGAUCAUUAGAUUCUAGUUAAUACUUUUGUUUUUAAAAACUAAGGACAAAUGAACAAAAAUAGAAACCUUGCAUCAUGUUUGUUUUUGUUUUUAUUUAUAAAUUAGCCAAUCGCAAUUCCUUUGCCUUCUUUUCAAAGAAAAAAAGAUGGAAAUUUCGAUGGGUGGUUUAGGGGUUCAUAUGGCAAAAUAGGGCAUUAGGCCCUAUAGCUUUUUAUUAAGAAAUUAUUUUUUAUUUGGGAAGGUAACUAUUUAUUGAGGCUUUGAAAAGCCUCUCCAUUCUAAGGAUGGUGGACCCUGAGACAAUGGCUAUUUUUUUAUAGUGGAUAGUGAAGUUUGUUUUGCUUUGUUCUUUGGGGGAGGGGUUAAGUGGGAUGGGAGGUAAAGGAAUAACGCCUGGGAAAUGGAGACACACUCAGAUCAGCUGUGGUAUUUUGGGAAGAUUUGGGGGUGGAAGAGGCAAGCCCAUGCAGUUACUGUGUUGGGGAGAAGGAAAGAAGGGGUAUGUUGUAUGCACUCAAAAUGAGCAAAAAUUCGUUAGUUAAGGAGGGGUAUGUGAGUGAAGGGGGAAGGGUAGAUGCUGUAACCCUAUAUGAGGGAUGAUAUCAUCUCUCAGGCUUAAAUUUAAGUGCACUUAGUUCCUUUAAUCCAAGGCAUCUGCAGUUCCUACUGAAGUUUUUAAUGAAAAGGGGAGAUUUUCAGGGUUCUUAUUUUUCCCCUUUUGAUUUAAGACAGUGCUACCCUCCCUGCUACAUUCUCUACCCCAUCUCCAAUGGAGCAAGUAUACUAAGGAUUGGUCUCUGAAUCUCCUCCUUAACCUAUGCUGGUUUUAUUGAAAGUUACAACUUAACCAAAAGUUUUUCCCCCAUACUGGUUUUUAUCAAAUAAAAAGAUUAUAUAAAAACAAUUUUUUUUAAGGUUCAGUCUCUUUAAGAUGGGGAUAGUGUUAAACAGUGCUGUACAGGGCCUUGGAAAGGAAGUACCUUCACUCUCCUAUUGGCUCAGUUUCUUCUCAAGUAAAACUAAAGCCCACAGACUACUAAAAAAUUAGAAGUGACUUCAUAUUGUAUGUUUGGGAGGUGAUACUGAGCCCAAAAGAGUGGAGCUGGUUGUGAAUGAAUUCUGAGAACGUAGCUUUUGCCAUUCAUACUUCUUUUAACCAUGUGUCCAAGGUUCCAGUCAUUUUUUUUCUCAAUAAAGGAAUAUUUCAGAGAUGAUUGUCCUUAAGUUACUCAGUCAC